AUGGAGGAUGUUAGUAAUAAUAUUAUUACUUUUGACGGAGUAAAAGCAUUAAUAGAUUCCCUUAACAAAAAUACCAUUCUAAUGGUUUUAAUCCUCAGUGGGAAUCCACUGGCCCUUGGAGGAGAAAAUACAUUUAUGGAUGGCUUUUCCACUUUCCCUAUUUGUUCAGGACUUUGCUGUAACAAACUUUGUUUAAAAGAAGAACGAGAAAAGGCUGGUAAUAAAGUUAUUAUUGAGAACUUUAGUCAUAUAUAUUUUCCACAUUAUAAUAAUUACGUAUAUUUUCCACAUCAUUAUAUCUAUUAUUAUUGA